AGAGAGCUCACCUGGGGUCAGAGGGCGUCUGCAGGAUGGAGAGGCUGCUGAGGAGGUGCCAGAUCAGAAACCCUCUGGUCAGGGAAAGCCUGGCCGAAUGCCUCGGAGUUUACAUCCUGAUUUUGUUUGGUUGUGGCACCGUUGCACAGGUGACGACGUCUCAAGAAAAAAAUGGCCAGUAUCUUUCGAUCAACCUUGGCUUUGCUUUGGGGGUAACAUUCGGGGUCUUCGUGUCCCGUGGAGUCUCAGGGGCUCACCUGAAUCCUGCAGUUACGCUGAGUUUGUGCGUUUUGGGCAGACACCCAUGGGUGAAACUUCCUUUAUAUACCUUCUUCCAAGUGCUUGGAGCCUUUCUGGGUGCAGCCACAGUUAGUCUGCAGUACUACGACGCCAUCCAGAGUUACAGCGGGGGUCAGCUGACGGUGACGGGUCAAACAGCUACAGCAGGAAUAUUCAGCACUUAUCCAGCUGAAUACCUCAGUUUGGGGGGAGGCUUCUUGGACCAGGUGAUCGGCACCGCUGCUCUGCUGCUGUGUGUCCUGGCUACAGGGGACCAGAGGAACACAUCCAUACCCGACUAUCUUCAGCCCCUCCUGGCUGGAGCCUCGGUCCUGGUUAUCGGCGUCUCCAUGGGCUCAAACAGCGGAUACGCCCUGAACCCGGCCAGAGAUUUUGGACCACGCUUCUUCACUUACAUCGCUGGCUGGGGAGAUGACGUUUUCAAGGCUGGACGUGGUUGGUGGUGGGUCCCGUUAGUCGCUCCCUGCAUCGGCGGUUUGGUAGGAACUUUGAUCUAUGAGCUGCUGGUUGAAGUCCACCAUGCAUCCCUCUCUCCGGAGGAUCAGCCUUCAUGUCAAGAAACCACCGAGGGAAAGUCUCUGGAGCUGGAGGGAAUGGGACCAAGCAACAGAAAGUCUGCAUAGCUGUCAAAUUGUGCUUUACCAAAGACUAAAGCUGAUCUACUGAAGGAUCUGACUGAGGAAGUCUGUUAUCAGGCAAACACGCUAGAAUACCUUGGAAGAACCUUUACAGCUAUUUAAUGAUGGUCAUAAACCUAAUUUGUCAUUUCUGAGUAGCCUAAGAGUCUGAAACAGUUUAGUUCUGAACUUUAAUGAAAUCCAAAAACUGCAUCAGAACAAGGAUAUGAGAUCUAUGUCACAUUCUAGAUGGGGUCUGGGAAACCAGCGGGAUUUGAACACAGACAGUGUUGAGCAUAUCUGAAGUAGUUCAGUCUGAUAUUACUUUCUAAUUUGAGCGUUGAGAUAAUGGAGAAAGUGGGCCAAGAAUUGAGCCUUGAGGAACCCCACAUGAUCUUUGUUCGUUCAGAUUUAUUACUGACUGACGCAGCGUAGCUCUGGUCAGCCAAGA